UGACUGAUCGAUCCCCGAAUGGAAAGAAGCAACGACCGCUGGCGGGCCGUCGACUCCUCGAGAAGAACCGACUAAAGACCAGCACUAGAACCGAAGACCAGGACUAGAAGCGAAGAUCAGGACCAUAACCGAAAAUCAGGACUAUAACCCCGGGAUGAGGCGGACCUGACCGGUUAUAACACGUUAUUAACCCGGAGGAACCGAGUGCUGGAGGAAGGCGACCAUAGAAAGACAUGUUGAUCUAGUGGACUGGUUCUGUUGGCUCCAACAUGGAGUCUUCUUCUGAAUCUCAGCAGGAGGACAAACCUGUGCCUCAUGCAGAGGUCAAGGAGCAUCCCUCCUCCUCUGCAGCCGGCGGCGGUGAUGAGGGCGUUCUUCUGACCCCGGGCAGGAUGAGCCAGCGCCAGGGAAAGGAGGCGGGGCAUCAGACCCCCAGCAGAGAGGUCCUGACCACGCCCGCCUCCCUCAGCCCCGGGGUCAGCUACACCCACGGGUUUGAGCGGGGAAAAGAGGAUCUGCUGCCACUGCCUCUGAAAGACGACUCGUCUCAGUCCAUCUCAAAGAGCAAGUCUGAGACCAAGCUGUACAAUGGAUCUGAUAGGGACGUGUCCACCUCCGGCGGCCGUCUGACCAAGAAGGAGUCCCUCAAGGUGCAGAAGAAGAACUACAGAGAGGAGAAGAAGAGAGCGACCAAGGAGCUGCUGAGCACCAUCACAGACCCCUCGGUCAUCGUCAUGGCGGACUGGCUCAAGAUCCGGGGCACCCUGAAGUCCUGGACCAAGCUGUGGUGUGUGCUGAAGCCGGGGGUCCUGCUCAUCUACAAGACCAACAAGAACGGGCAGUGGGUGGGCACCGUGCUGCUGACCGCCUGCCAGCUCAUAGAGAGACCCUCCAAGAAGGACGGCUUCUGCUUCAAGCUCUUCCACCCGCUGGAGCAGUCCAUCUGGGCCGUCAAGGGUCCUAAGGGUGAGGCGGUGGGCUCCAUCACUCAGCCGUUACCCAGCAGCCACCUCAUCUUCCGCGCCGCGUCGGAGUCUGACGGGCGGUGUUGGAUGGAUGCUCUUGAGCUGGCUCUGAAGUGCUCCGGUCUGCUGAAGAGGACGAUGGUCCGAGACGGAAAGGAGGAGCUUGCCGCCAUGGCAACGGGAGGAGAGACCUCCAUCAACUUCUACAGCCUACUGCGGGCUCACAACAUGCAGGGCUUCCAGUUCAGCGACGGGGACCAGUUCAAAGACCCCGACCUCUACUCGGACAAGUCGGACCGGGAGGGCGACCCGGAGCACGAGGAGUCGGACCGGGACCACGACCACGACGACUCGGACCCCGAGGAGACGGACAGUGACACGUCGGAGCGCCAGGACGACCUGGACCCCAACGAGACCCUCAGGGAGACCCCGUACAUGGAGCAGUCCCACGAGGAGCUGGGGGAGGCGGGCGAGGCGGCGCAGACGGAGACGGUCUCGGAGGAGAACAAGUCCCUGAUCUGGACCCUGCUGAAGCAGGUCCGGCCGGGCAUGGACCUGUCCAAGGUGGUCCUGCCCACCUUCAUCCUGGAGCCGCGCUCCUUCCUGGACAAGCUCUCCGACUACUACUACCACGCCGACUUCCUGUCCCAGGCGGCGGUGGAGGAGAACGCCUACAACCGCAUGAAGCAGGUGGUCAGGUGGUACAUCUCCGGCUUCUACAAGAAACCCAAGGGUCUGAAGAAGCCGUACAACCCGAUCAUCGGUGAGACGUUUCGCUGCAUGUGGCUCCACCAGGAGACCAACAGCAAGACCUUCUACAUCGCUGAGCAGGUGUCGCACCACCCUCCUGUCUCUGCGUUCUACGUCAGCAACAGGAAGGACGGGUUCUGCAUCAGCGGUAGCAUCCUGGCCAAGUCAAAGUUCUAUGGUAACUCCCUGUCGGCCAUCUUGGACGGCGAGGCACGGCUGACAUUCCUCAAUCGCGGGGAGGACUACGUGAUGAACAUGCCCUACGCCCACUGUAAAGGUAUCCUGUACGGGACCCUGACCCUGGAGCUGGCAGGCCAGAUCAACAUCAGCUGUGAGAAGACGGGCUACAGCGCCCAGCUGGAGUUCAAACUCAAGCCCUUCCUGGGCAGCAGCGACAGUGUGAACCAGAUCUCAGGGAAGAUCCGCCUGGGGAAGGAGGUGCUGGCGACUCUGGAGGGCCACUGGGACAGCGAGGUCUUCAUCAACGACAAGAAGACGGGGGCCCUGGAGCCGUUCUGGAACCCCACGCCGGAGCUCAGGCAGAGCCGGCUGACCAGAUACACCGUCCCCCCGGAGGACCAGGGCGAGUUCGAGUGUGAGAGGCUGUGGCAGCACGUGACGCGGGCGAUCAACAACAAGGACCAGACGGAGGCGACCAACGAGAAGUUCAUCCUGGAGGAGGCGCAGCGACAGGCGGCGCGGGAGAGGAAGGGGGGCGGGGAGGAGUGGAGCCCCGCCCUCUUUGAACAGGACGCGCUCAGUUUGGAGUGGCACUACCGCUACGCAGAUACCCGGCCCUGGGAUCUGUUGAACGACCUGAUCCAGUUUGAGCAGGACGGUGUCAUCCAGACCAAGGUUCGGCACCGGACCCCCAUGGUACGUUCAGGAAGUCUUAUUAGUCUCAGUAACCCGGCAGCGAGGAGGGACACCUGCAAGUGCCAGGUAACGGGAGCGAAGAGGAAACAAAGUGACAAGGUGAAGAGUCGUGAGAGAGGCUGUUCGUCUCCUGAGGCCGAUGGCCGCGAUUCCUCCGGCAGCGAGCGACUGAAGACCAAGACCAGUGGGAGGCUGAAGAAAAGGACCGACCUCACUGAGGUCCUCAGUGCCAUCGACGCCAUCAAACGCACCCAGGACGACAUCAACAGGAGCGUCAGCGCGCUGCGGGGCCGGACAGGAAAUCGCAGCGUGUCGGACGGAGCCUCCUUCCUCCAGCAGAGAGAUUACGUCAUUAUCAUCAUCCUAGUCCUCUUUCAGGUCCUCAUCAACUUCCUGUUCAAGUAAAAGCCCUGCCAGAGAGAACACACACACACACGCACACACACACACACACACACACACACACACCAGACUUGUGUAGCAUCCAAUCCAUCUCUCUGUUUCUAAGAACUUGCACCACUGCCCCCCCCCCCCCCCCCCCC